AUGCAGCAUGUAGAUGCUCAUUCAGCAAUUGCAGCUCCUACAGCCCACCAAGGGACUGCCGCUUCAAACACCUCAGCCGGAGCUGCGGCGGCAGCAACAUCAGUAGUAGCUGAUGCUGUUGGUUCUGACGCAUUCUCCAACGAACACCAACAUCACAGCUCGAAGAAAGAAGGACCUGACGCUGACGCAACAACGGCAGAACAGGAGCCUACGGGUCGUCCCGUGGAAGAAGGGGUCCCUUUACCAACCCCACCAGCAGUAGCAGACGAGAACGCAACAGCACAUUCAGCACCAGCAGUUAGAAGCGAUGAUCAAGAACUUCAGAUCGAGGGAGGUGCUACAAUUACGACGGAGGUGAUGAGCGAAGCUGCAGCGUCUCCCAAUGUAGAAGAAAUAGUGGAAGAUUCACCGAGUAUCUCAAAAGAGGGGGAGCAUCUCCCUUCGGAGUCAAACAAGACCAUCCCUAGACGCAUGGGAAGGCAGAUGUGGCGGCCGCGCGGUCAGCGGCUCAGCUUUGGCCGUCUGUGUAAGGGCAGCUCUGCACCUGGGGGCUGUGUAGGCGACAGCACUGCAGCAAAGAAGCGGUGGGAGCAGGUGCAGCAGCAAAAGGCGAAGCAGAGGGAAGCACGUGAUAGCGAGAAACAAAUACGAGCAGUCAAGGAGAAGGUACGGGUGCAACGCCGCAAGCAACGAGAAGCCAAACGACAACGCAAGAAAGAGAAUGAAAUGAAGAGUGCCAAAGUGCAAGUAAUUAAAGACACGUCGAAGAUUAGAAAGUGGAACAAACGAGCCAGAAGACAGCUGGUUAAAAUGUCACCCGAGAUGAUUCGGCAGCUCUAUGGGGUACAAAUAUAA